AUGUUCACAUUUGAUAUUUGUUUAAUUGAGAAUAGUCAGCAACCUUUCCCAGAAGAGGUGAAAUUGACAGUGAAAGGAGUGAACUCCAUAGCCAAAACUGAUGAUAACUUCAUCUGUGCUACUUUGGAUUGGUGGCCUCAAAACAAAUGUGACUACAAUCAGUGCCCUUGGGCAAAAUCUGGCAUUCUUAAUCUGGAUUUGGAAAACAAGAUUCUUACAAACGCCAUCAAGGCUUUCGAUCACCUUCGGAUACGAGUUGGGGGUUCAUUGCAAGAUCAGGUUAUAUACAGAAUUGGGAAACCAGCAAAAAAAUGCCCACAUUUCAAGAAACAAGAAACUGGCCUCUUUGGAUUUUCAAAAGGGUGUCUUCACAUGGAUAGAUGGGAUCAGUUGAACAAUCUGUUCAACCAAACGGGGGCUAAGAUUACUUUUGGAUUGAAUGCUCUUAUUGGGAGAAAGCAAUCCUCUCAAGACAAUUCACUAAUGACAGGCAAAUGGAACCACAAAAACGCCCACGAUUUCAUGAAGUACACCGCCUCUAAAGGUUUCAAGAUCGACUCGUAUGAACUCGGAAAUGAGCUAUGUGGAAGUGGGGUGGCUCGAAGAAUCGAGGCCGAACAAUACGGAAAAGAUAUGAUUGUUCUGAAAAAACUAGUUCAAAAAUUGUACCCUGACCCUAAUACACAACCCAAGGUAUUGGGUCCCGGCGGUUUUUACGACGAAGAAUGGUUCAAUACAUUUCUUCAGACGUCGGGCCCGAAUGUUGUUGAUGGUUUAACUCACCAUAUCUACAAUCUUGGUGCAGGUGUCGAUCCAACUUUAAUCGACAAGAUUCAAGAUCCAUUUUUUCUCGAUCAAGUAGCUCAAACAUACAAGGAUGUUUCGACCACGGUCAAGCUGUACGGACAAUGGUCGGGUGCAUGGGUUGGUGAAGCUGGUGGGGCCUACAACAGCGGUGGCAAAUCUGUAUCUCAUACCUUUGUUAAUGGUUUCUGGUACUUGGAUCAACUAGGCAUGACAUCAACAUUCAACCAUAAGGUUUUCUGCAGACAAGCCUUGAUUGGAGGAAACUAUGCUCUCUUAAACACCACAACCUUCAUUCCUAAUCCCGAUUAUUACGGAGCCCUCUUAUGGCACCGUUUGAUGGGCAAAAACGUGCUCUCUGCAACUCACGACGGCUCCCCUUACUUACGUGCAUAUUCUCAUUGCUCCAAGAAAACAGCUGGAAUUUCGGUUCUUCUGAUCAACAUGUCGAAUUCGACAACAUUUGAAGUAUCGGUGGUAGAAGACAUGAAUUUAUACCCUAAUGAAGAAACAAAGUCGUUGGAAGAUAUUAGUGGUGAUUCGAAUCAAAGGGAAGAGUACCAUUUGACACCUAAAGAUGGGAAUAUUCUAAGUGACGUGUUGCUACUGAACGGAACACCGUUGAAGCUCACGGAAUCUUUGGAGAUUCCAUCGAUGAACCCGCAGCUUGUCGAUGCAACUUUGCCUAUUACAAUCGCCCCCGAUUCGAUUGUUUUUGCUACACUUAGAGGGUUUAAGGCUCCUGCAUGUUCUUAAAACUAUACUAUUGGAUCCUUUUUAAGGUUUUUCUCUUCUUUUUUCAG